GCUUAUACGGGGUGAGAGUGCCCGACUGCAACUUCUAGUAGUCUAUGGAAUCAGACGCAAUGGAGCCACAAUCGAUCGCGGGCCAAGUAAGAGAGGAGUACAGGACAUUGCCCGACCGUGCACUGAGGGGACUGAAGGAACGAAUUAGGCUGGGAGCACCUCUGAGAUGGGCUGACCAGACCAAUGACGGGGAACCUGACGUAAUGGUCGAACCAGUCGUGACUGAGCCGGAGGAGGCAUUGAAGACAGGAACCUCGAGUGGUCGACGAGAAGCGACGAGACGACGCUCCCCCGAGUAUGAGCGGAGGGAAACCAUGGCGGAUAGGCACAGGGACGACUGGAGAGAGAGUUUGAGGUAUUGGAGGGACAAAGAUAGAGACAGAGCGCUGCCCAGGCGAGCCUUCGACCCCAAGACAGGGGAGUCGCAUCCGCUUCCUUACGAGAGUAAGGAUCGCUAUAUUAUUACGCACAAGGCCUCUGAGCCUCCCACUUUUAGGGGUUAUGGCAUCACAGAAUAUCUGGAGAAGUGGGAGCUUCAUGCGAGCCGGAGUCAGUGGUCGGAGGAGGAGAUUGUGGAAAAUUUCCUAUUUAAUGUAGAUCCAAGUCUUGGCAAGGAAGUUAAGGAAGCCCGACCGAAGGAUGGAAAAUGGACCACGUAUAAGAAGAACCUCAUUGAACUUUACAAGUUGGAGGAUAACAAGUACUCCAUCAAGGACCUUGAGACCAUGACUCAAGAUGAGGACGAGAGCGUUAGGGCAUUCGGAAAGCGUUUCCAGAAGAUCUCAGAGGUCGAGCGCUGUACUAUUUUUAUUGGACACCUGUCCAAAAGGAGACAAAAGAGUAUACUUAGAGAUUUUAUGCGCGACAAGCUUGACUUCCCUGAAGUCCUUAAGCUCGCGAUAAAGGCAGAGGCAGACGACUACAAGGGUCUGGUAUGGAGAGGAAUGAGGAGGCGAGACUUCUCUCUCUAUAAAGAGUAUGCCACUGAUAAAUGCCCUGACUUCAAGGACUAUCCGUGGUUGGAAAAGAAUGAGGCGGUAGCUGAGGAAGUGAAGGAGAUAAGGGAUAUGGUAAAGGGAUUGACUAGGCAUGUUACAGAGAUUGUGACCAAUAUGGGAGCCACGACAUACCGGGACAAACCCGGAGGGCCCUAUUCACUUCGGUGGGACCGUAGGAACACCGAUUCCUGGAGGAGUGUCGAGGAUAGAAAUCCUCGAACGCUAACCGAUUAUCGAGUAAGGGAAAUGGAGAGAGAAAAUGAGCCAUGGCGACGAAGGGAUGAUGAGAUAGACCGAGACCGUAGGGUUCGCGAGACGUAUGGGCGAGCAAGGAGACGGGAUGAUUACUCGCGCAGUCCUCGACAUGAGGUUGAUGGGGAUAGGAGCGACCCACGGGGUCGAUGGGAGUCGGACCGAGAUCGGCGAGACGGAUACAGUGACGACAGAUACGAGAGGUCGGACCGAGAUGGAAACAGGCAAGGCAGGUAUGAGAGAGGAGAUCGAGUCGGAGAUCGUCGAGAUGACUCGCGUGGAAGGUAUGACCACGGGGGAUUCGCGGGAGAUCAGCGCGACGAUUCGCGGGGUGAUUUGGGAGAUGUAUCAAUGUUCCCUUCGAUGAAUGAGAAUGUAGAAGCGAGGAGAGUGAGGCCGAGUAAGGGAAAAGAGCCGGUAAGGAGCCAGAGCAUUAGGAUAACUUUCGAAGGAGAUAUGGCAGCUGCACCCAUAAGGGUGGCAGCAACGAAGUCGGCAAGAGGGUCUGCAUCGAGGAAGACUGACACAGAUUAUGUGAUGGCAGAAAAGGACGGACAGCGGGUCGAUGGCGAGGAGGUUAUACUUUCACCACGAAAGCAGGGAGUGAAGAAGUUCUUCAUGAAGAGUUCGCUGGAUGAUAUUGACACGGUCGAGCCACUGAGAUGGGCCCUUCGGCAGCCCAUGCAAUGCUUUAUACUAGAAUAUCUGGCUGCAUCCAAGCCGGCUCAAGACGAGUUACAGACGAUCACGCGAAAGUCUCGCAUUCCACUAUCAGAGGAGGUUCAGGUGGCCCCUAACGCGGAUGCUCCUACUGUAGCAGUAUCGGAGGUGACCGCAAGAGCAGAUCGCAUGGCAACAGUUCUUCUUGAUGGGAUGGAAGGUGUCCCUCCGGACAAGUUUUACAUACUUGGUAGUGGGACCGUGGAGGCGAUCCUAAACGUCGGAGCCGUUCUAGAUGCAGUGAUCGAUAAUGGCAGUGAGGCUGUCAUUAUAGACGAGGAUCUGGCAGAGCAAGUUGGUCUGGGGCUCGAUAGGACACACUUAUUCGAAAUAGAGACGGCUGAUGGGAGGAAGCAACAGAUCACAGGAGUCUGUCACAAGGCAGCCAUAGAGGUUCAAGGAGUACGAGUGACCAUGUAAGUCUUUGCAGUCAAGAACUGCAGCUCCGACCUGC